AAGUGUGGUAGUAUGCUUUUGCCGAAGAGACAGCCUGUUUCACGCAGACUGCUGAUUUAGGCAGGCGGCUGCCGGUUCAUUUGUUCACAUCUAGCCGAAAUGGCUGUAAUAUAGCACCUUCACUUCCAUCACACCUACAGUACAGCCAAUAGAGCUGUCUCGCUGAUAUACUGCAGAGAUGGACAGAAUGAGAAUUGUGGUGAGGGGAGGAAUCAAGGAGAGCAAAUAUAUUGUGCCAUGUUUUCUCCUCGUGGAGCUGGUGAUCAUGGCCGGAACGGUUCUCCUGGCGUACUACUUUGAGUAUACGGACACGUUCCCUGUGCACAUUCAAGGCUUCUUCUGCUUUGAUAAAGCCUUCUCCAAGCCGCAUCCAGGACCUGAAGAUGACAGCAAAGCUCCACCUGUGCUGGUGUAUUCACUGGUCACUGCCAUCCCCACCGUUACCAUACUGCUGGGGGAGCUGACAUCUUUCUUCACUAAACCAGAGGCCACGCAAGAGAAGACAAUUGUUACGGCCGACUGCUGCUAUUUCAACCCGUUGCUAAGGCGAAUCGUCCGUUUUCUGGGCGUGUACUCCUUUGGUCUCUUCACCACCACCAUCUUUGCGAACGCAGGACAGGUAGUGACGGGAAACCAGACGCCUCACUUCCUGUCCACGUGCCGACCAAACUACACGGCACUGGGAUGUCAUUCGCCGCUGCAGUACAUUACGGAGCGGCGGGCGUGCACGGGUAACCCUUACCUCAUCGUCACCGCGCGCAAAUCCUUCCCCUCGAAGGAAGCAGCGCUGAGCAUGUACUCGGCCGUCUACACGGUGAUGUAUGUAACACUGGUGUGGCGGACGAAAGGCACAAGGCUGACCAAACCCACUCUGUGUCUGACUCUCGUCUCAUUGGCCGUUCUGGUGGGCAUUGUGCGUGUAGCUGAGUACCGCAAUCACUGGUCUGAUGUUCUGGCUGGAUAUCUCACCGGCGGGGCCAUUGCUGCUUUUCUGGUCACGUGUGUGAUCAAUAACUUCCAGCAGACACAGCCUCCGCUGCCAGCCAUGCCUCCGCCCGUUCAGUCCCCGCGUCCAGAACCCACGCUCAACAUGCCCGUGGUCGCCAUGCCCUGCGUAGAAAGUCCACUCGAAAAGUUAAGUGGCUCUCAGCAGGUUCCAGGGGUUUUGUACACAGGCAUCACAUGACCAUCAGCCAUACCUGGCCCCCGCCCCUCCCGAUGUGCUCAUCCACUCACGUCGCUCCAUCUCCAGCGCAGUCUAGACAUGCCUUCCGAAUAUUCCACCUGUGCCCGCCCUAGACCCUCUCUCACAAGAUCAUACUCGACUCAGGUCUAGAGCUUCCUCCCAUACUCACAUCUACUGCCCCCUACUGGAUGACAAUGACAGCAAUAUGGGUUCAUUGUGUCACUCUGGAUUUGUCAUGGAUUAGUGCAUCGGAAUCCUCUUGUUUCUCUCUUUUUGCCAUUUUUGGAAUCAUUUUAUCAAAUGAAACCUGGUAAAAGUCUUUCGCCUAUGAACACUUGCUUUUGUCCAUUACAAAACUGCAUCUCUUUAUUUAACAGCCAUACUGAAACUGAAUAUCAACUGUGAAAUGUAAAACAAUUCACUGACUUACAAUGGUAAAAGAAGGAAAAAUAUUAUACGUCUAUUUUUGAAAUGUUGAGAUAUUGGAAGAAUGUAGCAAACUACUAAAUGUAUUUGAAAGGGAUUAAGUGGAUUGUUUUAUAGUUUAGCACUAUUUUUAUGGAAACAGGUACUGUAUAUGAUAAAGAUAUUAGAUUAUAACAAAAUUCAAAACUAUAGAUACAGUAUACAGAGGGCAUUCAAAACUAUAACACAUUUAAGAGAAACCAUAAAGAAAUCAAACACCAGAUUUAAGAAUUUAAAAAUGUUACAUAUGUACAUGAUGUAGCAAAUGUUUUAUAUUUUGCGUUGUAUAAAAUGUGAAUGUUUUCCCUUUCAUUUUAUAUAAUAGCUCAAUUAUUAUUUACAUAUCCUAAUAGUUCAUUGACACAAUUCAGAAUUGUGAAUCUGUAUCACCAGCCAAACUCCAACCUGACCAACUGACCUUGUCUCACCGUAAGAUAUCAUUUUGUAAAUAGAUUUUUUCACAUUGACAAAAAUGAUGUUAUUAUUACCUGUACAUAACUUCAUUCUGUACAACUUACCUGUCACGUUUUCGUUGUCUUAACACGUUGUGCGAGUUAUUAUGAGAGAUUGUAAAACUGAGGGAAAUAUUCGGACAUCUUGUCUAUUGAUGUUAUUGGCUAUUUUGUAAGCCGGUAUUUUUUACAGUCUGUUCACUGAAGGACGCGAGUCUAAGCCUCUGUAUGUAACAUGGUGCUUGGAUGUGACUGUUCAGGUUUAUCUCAAUUGUCGUUUUGUAAAAAGAAAUGUUCAAUAUGGGGGAAAAAUGAUUCUUGAUCAAACGAAUGAACUGAUUAAUUAAACAUUUAAU